CAGCUAUCUGUCAGCCAUGCUUGCGUGUCACGGACAAGUACUCACUGCCAUAAAAUCGUUUUUGUUUGUAAACAACAACAGCAACAGUAGAAUUUCGUCAGAAAAUUAGAAUAUUUAAAGUCAUCGGAUUGCAUAAAUGAGUAUAAAUAUAUUCCACCGACAUAUUCUAUAUACUGGCCAGAGAUCUUAGCCCACCGGAUGCUGAAAGAGGCAGAGGCAGAGAAGACACGCAGCGCCUUUGUUUUUGUUUUCAACGAAAAACACAUGUGUUGAGGCGCAGUAGAAGAAGAAGAACAAUAACAACGCAUUUUCCCCACAAACUGCAUUUAUUUUGGAUCAGCAACAGUCGUCUGUCGGAGGAGCUGCCGUCAUGUCGCAAAUCGACAAUAUUUUCAUCCAAGUGAGGGCUCGCCUGCGCUCGGAGGGCAUCAAGUUGUGGGAGGAACCCUACUAUUCCGAGGAUUUGGGCUGCAUCGAGGCGGCCAUGGAGAACCUAGCUGCCAAGUACUCUGACUAUUUCGGCAUCGACUCCGAUCACUGCAAGUGCGUCCUCACCGAGUUGCAGGACAAUGCCCUCCGGAAGCUGGCCGCCCGCCAGGAGUUCUCCGCCACCGGCAUGGCCACCUUCAAGGUGCGUCGCAUCGAUAAUCGUGGCGGGACCACCACUAUGCUGGACAUCAAGUGUGACCUGAACUCGCUGGGCUCGGAUCUUCAGGCGGCCAUUGCCGCCAAGUUGCAGCUGCCGGAUGCGAAUCAUGUGAAGUGCAUUGCCGGAGGCAAGAUGGUGGCCUCCAACGUCACCCUGUCCGCCCAGCAGCUGAAGAACAACCAGCAGUUGAUUGUGAUCGUCGGCCAGGCAGAUAACCGGAACGGAGCACUCUACGAGAGGAUCAAUCGCAUCAAGAAGGAUGUGGAGGCGGUGGUUUCGUCGCAGAAUCAAAUGAUGGAGAUGGAGGACCAGAACGGCAGUCCUGUCUUCCUGCCACCCGCCGAGAAUCGCGCCCUGCUCAUGGGUCUGGGCUUCUGUGAAAAGGCGCGAGCUGCCAUGCAGCGCGAGGACUACGAGGAGUCCCUGCUGCUGCUCCUGGAGGCGGAUGAGCUGUUUGGCACUUGCAACUCCCAGUUCCUUGAGUCCGUGGACAACUAUGCGCUCCUCAACCUGGACAUUGUGUGGUGCUAUUUGUGCCUGAAGAACGUGACCCAAUUGCCGGACGCCGAUCGUCGUUUGGGGAUCUGUGAGCGGAGCUUCAAACGGAGCUAUGGCGAGGGCUUCAAGCGACUGUAUGCCCUCAAAGGCAAAGCCUGUCCCGAAAGGGCUCUCAUCAUGCGGCUGCACCUGCUCCAGGGAGUGGUUCUCUUCCACCAGAAUCGUCGCGACGAGGCCUUUGAACGCUUCGAGCAGGCUUCCGCCUUGUUGAGCCAGCUGAAAGUCAACGAGCAGGACCUAACCACGCUGAUGGAGAUGGGCUUCGACCUGAGCGAGUCCCGUCUAGCUCUUCGGUCCUGUUCCGGUUCUCGGGAUGUCGGCCGGGCUGUUCAGUUCAUCCAGGAGCGUCGGCAGCAGCUGAAGGACGCCCGGAAACAGUCCAAGGCGGAGAGAUCCAUGCAGAGAAAGUACAAUAGGUCGAACGGCAAGGACUGUGACUGGGUGAAUCCCAGGAGCAUCUGCACCCUCACCGAAAUGGGUUUCGAUCGCCGAUUGGCCAAACUGGCCCUACAAAGAAGCAAAAACGAUGUGCCCCAAGCGGUGGAACUCCUUCAGACCCAGUUUGACGAACUGGUGUCUUCGUUGCCCAGAACCAGUGUCUCUGCGGAUGACGAUCAGUUGAAGCAUCUCCUCAGAUUGGGUUUCGACGAGCCCGCCGUACGGGCAGCCCUCGAAAGCACCGACAAUAAUGUGGAAAGAGCCAUUGAGUUCUUGCUGCGCGCCUUCCAAACCGAAGAGGAACUCCAGGAGACCAUGGACAAGAUCAGUAAACUAUCCCACAACGAGGAUGGACCCUCAACCUCCAGUUCAAGUUCCAGUUCACCACUUUCAUCGCCAAUUAUCAACUCGGUUCUGCGACAAGCUCAGGUAGAAAUAGAUGCCAUGAAGGCCUACCAACGCUUCAACUCGGACAUCAAUCAGAACGAUCAGGACUACUUGGACUUGCCGUUGGUUCAGGAGGAGCAACUCCUGGCCGAGUAUCGCUGCCUUCUAGAGCAGUAGGUCUACCCAUAUUUGCACUAAAAAAAAAACAAUCCAAACCGGUUUCCUACGGAGAGAUAACUGUAAUCAUGACUUUUGCAUUGCAAAUCGCUGUUUUAUAAUGGCACUUAAGUGGCACUCAUUCGACUAGCCCCUUCCCCGUUCUCGUAUUUGCAAGAUUUAUAAGUACGAGUUCUAUUGACAACUGGAAAAAAUGUGAUUAGCAGCUGCCUUUUCCCUUUUUUUCCUUCUGUCUGAUACCCUACCCUUGAAGGGUUAUUGAUUUUAUUGAUAUUUUUUGAAGAGGUUUGGUUUUUGUUCCUUUGUCCGCUUACUUGUCCGUCUGUCCGCUAACUUCUUGGCUAAUAACUCUUUAAAAUUGAAACCUAUACAGCUGAAACUUUAUAAAAACCAUCCUUUUCCUCCCAUCUCCCAUAUUCCCAGAUUCCUCCCAUAUAACUAAAAAUAAUCACAUUUGACGUACUAUAACCUUUAAUUUUUGUUUGUCCUUUAAAAAGGGCAUUAAAUAUUCGUCUCGACCUGAACCUACAUUUCUUUAUUUGAUUGUUUAUUUCUAUCUAUAUUUCAAAGCAAACUUGCUAGCUUCUGUCUUUGGCAAUUAUUUAUUUUUAAUUUUUUGUCGCUUGACUCUCGACCCGGCUUAAACGGUGGCUAUUUUUUGUUGUAUUGCGACGGCCAACUGAAAGCUGAAAAGCGGCGCUUGAUUGGCUUUAAGGCGUGACCUUGUGGGGGUCAAAGGGGCAAUCGUAAAAAUUACAAAAAUUCUAUAUUUUAUAAUCAGUGUUUUUUGUCGGAGAGCUUCAUGAAUUUCUUUUCAAUUGGAUGUAAGAUUUUUGCAAGUUAUACCUUUAUCACAAAUGAGGAUGUAGUUUUUUGAAAGACUUUGAAUUUCUUUUAAAUAUUGGUUUUUCUCUUAAUACUUUCUUUACUUUAUUUUUGUUUAAAAACUAUGAAAUUUUAUGAAUUCUUUUAGGGUUUUCUGUUUAUGUUUUUGGUUUUUAAAAUUAAUGUUUUAUUCAACGACUUGAUGGUCCUUUAAUUUUCUUUAGUUUUAACAAAAGUUGUUGAUGGUUUUUGAUUCCUCUAAAAAAUGUAUAAUUGUUUACCUUUGAACUUUUUGAACCUUAGCGUUUUUAUAAAUACCAAAGGUAUAUUUUUUUUCUGAGUUUUAUAAAAGGCUUCCAAGGAAUAUUGUCACAAAUUAUAAUUAAGCCAAAUAAUGUAAAACACUUAUGUACAAUAAAGUAUGUAAAAAAUUGAUGAUUACAAAUAAAAGGUUUCUGAAUAAAAGCAAA